AUGGAGUCUGAAAAGAGCUUAAAUAAAAAUGGAAACCUCACAAAACGUCAACAAACUCGCACAGGGAAGAAACCAUUUAAAUGCAUGGAGUGUGGAAAGAGCUUCAGUUGGAGUGGAGACCUUACAAUUCAUCAACGAACUCACACAGGAGAGAAACCAUUUAAAUGUUUGGAGUGUGGAAAGAGCUUCAGUCAGAGUGGAAACUUUAGAACACAUGCACGAACUCACACAGGGAUGAAACCAUUUAAAUGUAUGGAGUGUGGAAAGAGCUACACUGCAAGUGGGGCACUUAGAACACAUGUACGAACUCACACAGGGGAGAAACCAUUUAAAUGUAUGCAGUGUGGGAAAACCUUCAAGGAAAGUGGACACUAUAAACUACAUCAGCGAACUCACACGGGGGAAAAACCAUUUAAAUGUUUGGAGUGUGGAAAAAGCUUCAGUCAGAAUGGAAACUUUAGAAAACAUCAACAAACUCACACAGGGGAGAAACCAUUUAAAUGUAUGGAGUGCGAAAAAAGCUACAGUCAGAGUAGAGACCUUAAAAAACAUCAACAAACUCACACAGGGGAGAAACCAUUUAAAUGUAUGGAGUGUGGAAAGAGCUUCACUGAUAGUUGCACACGUAAACGGCAUCAACGAACUCACACAGGGGAAAGACCCUUUGAAUGCAUGGAGUGUGGAAAGAGCUUUUGUGUGAUUGGAAACCUUAAAAUUCAUCAACGAACGCACACAGGGGAGAAACCAUUUAAAUGUAUGGACUGUGGAAAGAGUUUUAGUGUGAAUGGAAACCUUAAAAAUCAUCAACGAACUCACACAGGGGAGAAACCAUUUAAAUGUAUAGAGUGUGGAAAGAGUUACACUGAAAGUGGGGCACUUAGAAGACAUCUACGAACUCACACAGGGGAAAGGCCAUUUAAAUGUAUGGAGUGUGGAAAGAGCUUCAAUCGAAGUGGAACCCUUAGAAUACAUCAACAAACUCACACAGGGGUGAACCUUGAAUCUGAAAAUUUGAAAAGAAGUUAA